CGUUGCUAAGCUUUUUUGACGCCAUAUUGAAGUUUGAGGCAAAAUAGACCAAAAACGCCCUUUUUGGUCGAAUUUGUAAUAGCAAUAUGGAUAAAGAGAAUCUUCAGUUACAAUUUUCUCGUAUGCAAGAAGAACAACACAAAAAGAUGGCAAGAAUGAAACAAAAACAAGCUCAAAAGAGCAACACCAGUCUUGAUUCAUCAGCAUUUGGUGUUUCUGAUGAACUUGGUUUAAGUUUAAAUGAUGUAAUGGGAAGUUCUACUGUGGGACUUAACACAACACUAGAAGCAGCCAAUACUUCUAUGAGGGAAGAAAUAAGGGAAUUGAAGGAUGAAACUGGCCGACUUCGAAAAGUUCUUGCUGAAAAAGAAUACGAAAUAAAAAAGACAAACAAGAAAAUUUUAAAGUUGGAAGAUGAAAAGAAACUGCUUGCAAAUGCUGGUGUUGCCAGUGAUUCAGCUUCAACUAAAAUAGUCGAACUAUCAAAGAAAAACAGGGAACUUACUGCAAUAAUGGAGUCAGAAAAAGCAAAAACAUUUCGGUUGCAGCAGAAAGUUAAAGACCUGGAAUACAGUGUGAAUAACGCAGUAGCAAAUAGUGGUGGAGACAGCAAGUCAACUAAACCAAUGAACGUCCGCCAAUCAUUUGCUAAUAUGGUUUCAAGCGAUGGUCUUACUUUGCCUGAACUUGAAGAACAAAUGUCAAGUUUAAACUUGAAGUCCGCUGAAUACAGAAACCAAGUACAAGCUCUUAAGCAAGAAUUGAAAGUGGCACAUAAGGUUCUAAGCCAAGAGAUAGGAGAUGAGAGAGUCAACAUACAACUUCUGCUUAAUAGUGGUGGACAAGGCUACAGGGGAAGGGCCCAGCAGGUGAUUUCUCUACAGGGCAAAGUAAAAGAAUUGGAACAACGUUUAAAACAGGAUGAAGUUUUGAGUCCAAAAUCUGACAAAAAUAUGACGAGAAUAAAAAAUAUGGAAAAAUUAAGAAAAGAGCAAAAUGAUACAUUAAAGGAAGACCUACAAAAACUACAGGAUAAUUAUAGUGAAUUACAAAAGAAAUUUGACGCAACAAAAGCAAGAAAUAAAGUUUUAAUGGCCGAAGUAAAAUCACAGAAAUCCCAGGUAGCAGUGUUAUCUGAUAAAGGAGUUCACGAUAAUGAAUUGAUAUCAACUCUCAUGAAACAACAAGAACGACUGCAGAAAAUACUUGAAAGACAAAGUUUAAAAGAAGAAGAUGUUACUAAAAGUGAAAGACAAGUAACACGAGAGCUACAUGACAAAAAGCAACAAGAAUCUGCAGAAGUUACCCGAUUAAAAACAUUACUUUCGGAAAGUGAGAAAAAAGUAAAACAGCUUGAAGAAGAGUUGUCUGCUUCAAGUAGAAGGGAUAGCUUGGAAGGGGAAAGUUCUUAUAAACCAUUGUCAGUAAUUUCGCCACCUUCUACUCAACAGGACAAGCAAGAUACAGCUCAAGCUGCUGCAUCAUUGAAUGAUUCUGAAGAGCUCACACAUUUCAGGGCUCGCUGUGUUGAAUACAAAGCUAUGUAUGAAGCUUCCGAAAUUGAACGAUUAAGACUUUCGGAAAUGGUUGGAGCUCUUAACUCAAGGUUGAAUGAUACUGUUACAAAAUGUGAAGUGUUAAUAACAUCUAAUCACGAUGAUAAGCGAGUUAUUCAACGACUUGAGCAACGAUUAGGUGGGAAAACAGAUCCACAUAAAGAAGAUACCUCUCACACAAGUGAGGACUUGCAAGCACAACUUCUUAUACAGCAAGACGAAAACCAUGCUCUUAAAGAGACUUUGCAAAGCACGUUACGUCACAAACACGAUGAUGUCACAAUGUACCAAGAAUUGAUCCAACAAACUAAACAAGUUUUUCUGGAUGCUCUAAGGAAUUUCAGUGGUUCCAAAUGAAAAUCGCCAGGGUUGACCAAUUCUUUUACCGAGUGUCGUAACACAGAGAAUAUUAACGUCGCGUAUAUUGACUUAUUCGCCACGUACUUGUAUGGUGUUGUUGUUAGUGCUACGUUCUGGGUAUAGAACUUAGAAAAUAAAUAAAAUACAGUUCAUGUA